GUCGCCAUUUCCAAGCCCCGUAACCACAGCCACUGUGGAGCCAUGAGUCGCACUAUGCCGAUGGCAGUGCAGUCAUCUAUACCGAGAUGGAAUUGGGGUCCAGCUUUGAUGCCUUUCAUUGGCGUGGCCCUGAUUCUGUUCAAGACUUUGGUCAUCAUUUGUGGCCUCCAGCUGCUUCGGUAUGCUGUACUGGUCGAUCAACGAGAACGUCUUAAGUUUAGACUUCUUGGCUUAUCGAUGGCAAUGGCUAUAGGUCCUCUCGCAGAAGUUUCUGCCUAUGCUUUUGCCCCGCAAUCCCUCCUAGCACCUUUGGAUGGCUUUGAUGUCAUUUGGAACAUUUUGCUUGCACCCUACACUUUGGGUGAGAGCAUCACUAGUGCGAAGGUGAUGGGCACAGGCCUGGUAUUUGCUGGCGCAGUGUCCGCUCCCAUGUUUGGACCUCACCACAAACCACCAGAGACAAUGUACUCCUUGCGCAACAAGUUCCUGAGCAAGAACUUUCUAGGGUGGGCUUUGGUUUGCAUCGCCCUGGCAAUCUUCGCUUACUUGGCGCUGCCGCCAAAAAAUAGCCAUAGCAGUGCUCGCGCACCUGCAAUGCGAGGGCUCAUUCUCGCGAUGAGCGGUGGUUUUGUAGCUGGGCAACGAUUCUUUCUGUCAUCCACCGCUACUGUGCUUCACACAUCUUUUGACGAGGGCAACUGGGAUUUGUGGUCAUCUCCUCUUGCCUACUUUAUAGUUGGAGGAAUGUUCUUUGUUGCGAUCACGAAUGCAAUUCUGCUGAACAAAGGGCUGGCUGAGUUCGAGGCAAUGUUUAUGAUUCCAACCUUUGUUGGCACCUCGAUCAUCACAACCAGUGUGUCAGCAGCGGUGAUUCUGAAAGAAACAGCAUGGCUGGCAUGGUGGAGGCUGCUUGGAUACUGGUUCGGCAUUUUGCUGGUGGUCUCUGGCUUGGUGAUUAUUGCCAAGGAUGCUCGAUACCAGCUCGGUGGGUGCAGAGAGUCAGAUGGAGCGCGCCAAAUGCAGGCAGCCCGACCGCUGAAUGGCAGCACGGGCAGUAGCACCGUCAAUGUGGUUAGUUGCAUCAACAUUGGGGACCAGGAGACUCAGGAUUGACGAGCUUCAUAACAUCCGCUGAUCUGAUAGCUCGACAGUGCAAGCAGCUGCUUUUCUCCCGGCGGACUGAAGCAUGGAUAUGAUUUGGCCCCCUUCAUGCCAUGCUUCUAAAAGCAUCCAAAA